AUGACUCGUGGCAAUCAAAGAGAAAAGGCUCGUGAAAAGAACCUCAAGAAAAAUACUAAACAAGCAAAGGCUGCUAAGAAGGAUGACGGUGUGAGCUACAAGAAGCGUGCCCAAAGCGAUGCAGAAAUAAUGAGGCAGAAACAGCAGAAAGCAUUGGAGAAAAAGACGGGAAGUUCUUCCGGGGAUAAAGUCGAAUGUUUCGGUUUACAAGUCGAAGAUGAACAAGUUAUUAUUGACAACAAGAGUCUGAUGUUUAUUUAG